GAUCCGGUCGCUCGCCGCACCGUCGCCGCCCUAACGUCUACGUCUUACGAAAUUUAAAAGUGUUGAUAGCAUUCGGAUAACAUUUUUCGUCCUAUUUCGUGUGGAAAAGUUAUUUGUGUCAAAACUAGAUUACAUUUUAUCACACAUAUCACAGUUUUAAAGUUUCUAAUGAAGUUGCUACUAAUUAAUUGUUUUUGUCGAAUAAAUAGCAAUGUUCUUCAACAUUAACAACAAAUAAAGAAAAUGUGAAACCGACAUCGUAAACAUUGUGUCUGAGGCAGUGUGGGUGAGACUCCCACUAGAACAAAUUGCGGCCGCAAUGAUGUUACUCGUAGCAUCCAAUCCCAAGCCAGUGAAUAUUUUGACGUCACAGAACAGCACAGAACAGAUAUCUCUCGACCAUGCUGUUAACUUAACAAAUAGUAGUAUAAGCCACAAAGAUGAGGAGUUCAUUUUCGAUAGAACUGACGUCAGAGCGAUUUUCAUCACUCUGUACACGAUUGUAUUCUGCUGUUGUUUUUUUGGAAAUCUACUCGUGAUACUAGUAGUAACUCUGUCUCGUCGGCUCCGGUCAAUAACCAACUUCUUUCUGGCGAACCUCGCUGUGGCUGAUUUAUGUGUGGGAGUGUUCUGCGUCUUCCAGAAUUUGACGAUAUAUCUUAUACCGAGCUGGGUGUUCGGCGACUUCCUGUGCAAGAUGUACCAGUUCGUGCACUCGCUGAGCUACACCGCCUCCAUCUUCAUUCUGGUAGUCAUCUGCACCGAGCGGUACUUCGCCAUCAUCCACCCCAUCACUUGCAAGCAAAUACUUACUUCUACCAGAUUGAGGAUGGUGAUUUUGGGAGUUUGGAUAACCAGCGCGUUGUACAGUGCUCCAAAGUUCAUCUGGGUGGAGACAAUCCCGAACAACCUCAGGGACGGCAAGACGGAGACCAUCUGCAUCAUCAGCCGCAGGAAAUACAACUCGGAGCUCUUCGACAUGAUAAACUUUGGGCUGCUCUACGUCACUCCUUUGUGUGUUAUGACGAUAGGACCGCUAACGGAUUUGCGAUGGCAGAUGCGGGGCGGACGAGGUCAGGAAGCAAACAACAUCGCGAUCCAUGUGACGCCCCCCGACGAGGAAGAUGACGACGAGUUUGUGCCCCCGCUGCGCGUGCGGCGGAAACUUAGCACUCCUCUCACCGCACUGCCCGGGGCCGACGACAUUAGAGGGAUGCCACAUUCGCGCACGUCACCAGCACGGUCGUUGUCGCCGCUGGACCGCACCAAGCGCCGCUUCAGCACCAUGGUGUCCAGCGCUGCAGCCUCUGCCGUCUCCCGCCGGCUAUCGGCCACCAUCGGCUGGUGCCUCGCCACGCCCACGCAUGUCAAGCCGCAGAUCGUCCGGCAGGGACGGGCGCUCUGCCUGCAAUACAUCAAGACUCAAAUCCGAAGGUCAACUCUUUGUCAGAAAAAGCAAAUAGUAAUUAAACGUCUGCAACGAAUGCUGGAGACUGAAUGCGGAGAAGAGGCUAUAAACAACACGGAGACCGGAGUGCUGACGGCGUUGCGGGCGCUAUGUGCUGCGUUGGAGCGCAAGCGACCCGAAGCGUUCCGCCACGUGGCGCGGCAAGCGACACGAGCGCCGUCCGCCAUGUUGCGGUCGGACACCGCACUAGCAGAACUCUCACUGGCUUUGGCGCGACGGAUCACUAGGGAAAACAUUACUUGGUCAAAGAUAGCAGCGGUUUAUUGCGUUUGCGGUGCGUUGGCCAGAGAGGCAGCGGAAGCGGUGGACGAGGAGCCGGCACUGGAGCUGGUGGCGGCCCCAGCUGCCGCCAUCGCUGACUUGCUACACGAGGACCCCGGCUCGUGGAUUGCCACCCAUGGCGGAUGGAACGGCCUGAUAGAGAGGUUGCGUGAGAGUGAGCGAGACCAAAGAUCGGAGAAGAACCUGCAAGUGAUGGUAUCCUUCUUCGUCAUGGCGUGUCUGGUACUGCUGCUGCUGCGAUGGGUCCUGCAUUCACACCCUGCCUAUUAUGAUAGCGUCUGAUUUCUAAUUAUACCCAAGUAUUACGUAGUCUGUGCUCAUACCUUUACAUAUAAAUGUGGGCUAAAGUUUUCUUAUUAUAUUCCUUUUUUUUAUUAGCCCAUGUUACCAAUUAUAAUAAGGUAGCGAGAAUAAUGACGAUCGAAAGAAUAAUAACAAAUCUAGUCUAGCUCCAUGUCCAAGUUGUAAAUGUACAUUUAUGCAAAUGGAAAAAUUCUAAGACAACCUAAUACGAGUAUUACAUCUCCUGUUUUUGUUUAUGCUAAUGUAUAAAUGUAUGCAUAACUAUUAAGUACUAUCUUGGGUUGUUAGUAUUAUUACGAGAGUCCAUAUCUAUGAGUCUAUGCAGUAUAAAUAUAGUAAUAAUUUAAGCGUAUUCUAUUCGUUUAAACUAUAAUGAAUUAAGCCAGGAAUGGAAAUACGAGGGCUGCUAUUUAUGUAUCCGGAACUGGCCAAUAAUUCUAGAAUAUUUAAAAAGUAAUUACAACAUUUGAAAAUAGAACUCUUCGGCUAGAGAAUAAAUAUUUUUCAUGUCCCUGUCAUUUGUUUUUUUCAAUUGGCGCCAAUUUUGAAAAUAGCUUGUCUUCAUUGCCAUGGAUUUACCUCGUGAACAUUUUCGCGCGAUGAUUUAUUAUGAUUUUCGGCGUGGAUUAACUCAAAAACAGUGCAUCGAACAACUGAUUUUAACUUUUGGAGAUGAAGCACCAUCGA